AUGUCACCUCUCUCCAAGCAGAAACAGCUCGAACUUCGUCAUCUGCUUUUGGCGGGCAAAUCCUACUCGUCUAUUAGCAAAAGUCUUGGUAUUGCACCUCCAACUAUCUCAAAAUAUAAGAAGAAAUGGGAUUUGGAGCUUACCCAUAAGCCUGGUGGCCGUCCUACCAAGGUUUCAGAGCGUACUCGGAGUGCAGCCGUGCGCCUGGCACUUGGCAGCAAGACCUAUACUGCCAGGAGAGUAAAGCAAGCACUCGGAAUCAACAUCUGCACACAGACAGUCCGUAAUGUGCUCAAAGAGGAGGGGCUUAAGGCCUAUGUCAAGGUCAAGAAGCCCUUACUUACUCGGAGGCACAUGAAGGCUCGUCUUGAUUUUGCCUACAAGUACCGCCACUGGACUCCUGAAGACUGGGAUCGAGUUAUAUUCUCAGAUGAGACCAAAAUCAAUCGAUGUGGCUCUGAUGGGAAGAAGUGGUGUUGGAGGGAGAAGGGAUCCAAGCGACAGCAGCAUCAGCAGACGAGCACAGUCAAGCAUGGAGGAGGCCAUGUGAUGAUAUGGGGAUGCUUCAGCACGUCUGGACGAGGAAAAAUGUGCAACAUUGAUGGUAUUAUGGAUGCUGAGAAGUAUGCUCGCAUCCUUGACCAGAAUCUCCUCGCUUCAGCCCGCAGCCUUCGACUCACACACGAGGAGGAUUCAUCUUCCAGCAGGACAACGACCCAAAGCACGCCUCAGCAACAGCUCGAGACUGGUUUGAAACUCAUGAAAUCAGACUUCUUGACUGGCCUUCUCAGUCCCCCGACCUCAAUCCGAUCGAAAACCUGUGGAGAGAGCUCAAAAUGA